AUGUCUUUCAUGUAUACUGUGUAUGCAGUAUUUUUUGUUCUAUACUUCAGUGCAGGUGAAACAAGUGCUUUAAGCCCCAGUGAUAUAACAAUUACUGUGUUAAGUCACAAAGAGGAUUAUCAUGCAGCACAUGCUAAUCUUUUAAAAAAAAAUAUUUUGGAACAAGCUGAUAAUCUUGAUAAGGAGCCUCCUGAGAUUGUUGUGUCAUAUAAGUUGAAUAUCAAUGGAUCAUGGACAAUAAUACCAUUAUUGAAGUACUUAUUAAAUACAUAUCCAACUUCCAAGUGGUUUUUCUUUUGUUUUGAAAGUACUGUACUUAGAUUAAAUAAACUAUUACAUAUCCUUUCCAAGUAUGAAGUGAAUAAGAAUCUAUGGAUUGGUCAUGCUCUCUAUGAUCAUGAACCUACAAUCAUACAUCAUUUUGCAUCACAUAACAAAAAGUUUAAAUAUCCUCAUAUAGCUUCUGGGUUUGCAAUAACAUCGGUUUUAAUGAACAGUUUAGUACACAAAAUUAUUGCAGGUGAAAAACCUAAGGAUGACUUUUCAAUUGAUGCAUCAUAUGAAUUUGCAUCAUUUGUUCUAAAAGUUGUUAAAGGGGUACGAUUGACGCAUGUACCUGAACUAUGUAUAGUAUCCAGUUCCGACUGUGCCACAUAUCCAAAAAAUUUUCAUCCAUGUGAUUCGUCCGUAUCUGCCGAGAAUGCAUAUUUUGCUGUAAAAACGUGUACAAAGUAUCACGAUGAAAGGAUUUCUGUCAUUAAGAGGACAUGGGCAAAACAUACUAAAAACAUUGGUUACUUCAGUGAUGCGGCUGAUAAAACUUUGCCCGAGGCUUUUAUUGUGCCAAACACCACGCAUGGACACUGUGCCAAAACUUACAAUAUUCUGGUGGAAGCAGAUAAAAUACUAAAGAAACGUAAUUUGAAUUGGUUGAUAAUUAGUGAUGAUGAUACAAUUUUUAGCGUAGCACGUUUAAUGCGUUUGUUGACAUGCUAUAAUUACAACACUCCACUCGCAAUUGGAGAAAGAUAUGGUUUUCGUUUAUGGGACAAUCAUUAUGGGUAUGAGUACUUAACAGGUGGAGCUGGGCUUGCUUUGUCUCAACCUUUAGUGUAUGAAAUGAUACAACCAGGCAGGUGUGACUGUCCGUCCCCCACAACUCCUGAUGAUAUGUAUCUGUUCGGUGUAUGCCUAGCAAAAAUUGGAGUACACCCUGUUCAUUCAGCGUUAUUUCAUCAAGCACGUCCUUUAGAUUAUGCAACUGGUUAUCUUGCUUCGCAAGAACCCAUAUCUUUCCACAAAUUUUGGAUGAUUGAACCACAAAUGGUGUAUAAUGAAUGGUUCGCAGAAGUGGACAAGUCUUUCAUUACAGUAAAAAAACAUACAGAAUUAUAA